UGUCAAAGUGAAUAAUGUCAAUAUGUCAAAUUUUGAUAAUUUGCUGGUGUUGUGUUUCUAAAUAUCGGUAUCGUUGAAUAUUUGACUCGUAUUUGUUAAGUAAUACCUGGAAACGCAAUUAAAAACUAGUGGUUGACUUGAUUGUUGAUUACACUUUCUAUAAGUAAAUAAAGUUGCAUGUAUAAUCCUUUGAACAAUGUCGUUGUAUGACGAUCUUGAUACUAUUAAAGCACGUACUACUGAAAAGGUAGCUGGAUGGUCUUCGGGUAUUAAGUUAUUACAGUCCCAGUUGCAACUUAAAAAGGCCGCAGUUACGCAGCCCAAACGAGAGGCAUUACGACGUACUACUCAGGUGCUCACUCCUGUUAUUGACUUGAAAAGUAAACAAAAAGAAGAGGAUGAGUCUAAUUCUAACAGUCCCAAACUUCAAGGAAAAACACUCACUGCCUCAUUGAAUGUGCGUGAUUUUGACUGGAAUGUUGCUAACGAAUAUGACCCCAUGUGGCCUAACGACUAUGAAAAAGUGGCAAAAGAAUUACAAGCAAAGAAAUUACAACUUGAUGGAGAUAGAGGAGAAAGAUCAGAAAGAAAGCGAAAAAGCAGGUUUGGUGAUGAUGAGGAUACUGUUCCAGAGAAGACAUUAGUGCCAAUUCAACCUGAAGAAGAAGAGGCAGAGGAGAUUUCAAAGAGGUCUGCUGGUGCUGCAAUAGCCCCACCACCCUCACUCACAGUGGAGACCCCAUCCCCACCACCCAUUCCACAGAGCAUACCUCCACCAGCUCCGGCAGUUGGUUUCUCCAUUGGAGGAUACGGGGCAAGCUCAGUAGCUGCUAAAAUUAUGGCCAAAUAUGGUUUUAAGGAAGGGCAAGGUUUGGGCAAGAAAGAACAGGGAAUGUCAGUGGCUUUGCAAGUAGAAAAGACUUCGAAACGAGGUGGUCGGAUAAUUCAUGAGAAGGAUGGUAAUGUUAUGCCGCCACCUGGUUUUGCUAUGCCUCUACCAGGACCAGACUCGCCGACUGCUUCGCACUCGCCACAUGGAUCCAGGCACGAACCAUCUAUUACAGAAAUCAUGAAAUCCCCUAGUAAAGUGGUUUUAUUAAGAAAUAUGGUUGGGCCUGGUGACGUUGAUGAAGAGCUAGAACCUGAAGUAAAAGAUGAAUGCAAUACAAAGUAUGGAGAUGUUAUAAAAGUGUUAAUAUUUGAAAUGCCAAAUGCACCUUCUGAUGAAGCAGUCCGGAUUUUCGUGGAAUUCAAGAGAAUCGAAAGUGCUAUUAAAGCUGUUGUAGAUCUAAAUGGCAGAUUUUUUGGAGGGAGACAAGUUAAAGCUGGAUUUUAUGAUGUAGAAAAAUUUGCUUCCCUGCAGUUGACUGAAUAGAGCGUUAUGUAAGAUA